AGGAAGAUAGAGAGAAGGGCAGAGAGAAGGAGAGGCAGAUAUAUAGAUAUAUAUAGAGAGAGAGAGAGAGAGGAGAGAGGGAGGUCUGGGCUAAAGUUUAAAGCUGCUCUCUUCGCCCUCCUUUUAAUUUGUGUUGGAAUUUGAGGAAAUUAUCACCUGGAAGAGACUAAUGCCUGUGCCCCGCGUCCUAUUGGCCACUGAUCUCCAAUGACACCCGGGGCUAGCUCGCUCGCUGUGUCUUUGCCUUGCAGUUUCACGUUAUGGGGAAAUCUGAUAGUCAAAUGGACAUGGUUGACGUGAACGCAGAAAAAUCGAGGAGGUCGUUGAAAUCGUGGAGCUCCUUGGAGAUUGGACUGACCGUCAUCGUGAUCUUGCUCUUUAUAGUAGUCGUCAGCUUGAUCGCGCUUUAUGCAACUCGCAAAGAUGAAACAUGCACCACACCAGACUGUGUAAAAUCAGCGGGCCGGCUUAUUGAGAACAUGGACCCAACAGCGGACCCUUGUGAAAACUUUUACCAGUAUGCCUGUGGCGGAUGGCUGAAGAAGCAAGUUAUCCCUGAGAGGAGCUCUCAACACAGUACCUUUGACAUACUGAGGGACGAACUGGUCGUUGUUAUGAAAGAUGUACUGGAGAAGCCGGGAAAUGAAGAUUCCACCGGGAUUCAGAAGGCAAAGAUACUUUACCAGUCGUGUUUAAAUCUGACGGCAAUUGAGGAGAAAGGUGUUGAGCCGUUGAUCACCAUGCUGCGUGAUUUGCAGGACUGGCCAGUUGCAACAGAUAACUGGGAGAACACUAACGGUAAACAGUGGUCACUUGAGGACGUCCUUUCAAGAAUGAAUUACAAGUAUGGAAGGCGGGCCGUCAUCAACAUGUUUGUUGGAUCUGAUGACAAAAACUCAAAUGCUUUCAUAAUCCAUAUUGAUCAGCCCUAUCUUGGACUGCCCUCCCGGGAUUACUAUGAAUGUACAGGAGAAUACCAAGCGGCAUGCAAAGCUUACACCGUGUUCAUGCACAAUGUCGUUAACUUACUCAGAAAGGACAGAGGUCUGAAAGUGAAUGAGUCUGACAUCACAAGGGAGAUGGAAAUGGUCAUGCAAUUGGAGACAGAGAUCGCCAACGCUACAACCAAGUCUGAAGAUAGAAACGAUCCCACCAAACUCUACAACAAGAUGAGUCUUUCCGAAGUGAUAAAUAAGUAUCCAAUAAAUGUCUCUAAUAAGAACUUUGACUGGUUGAGUUUCCUCAACAAAAUCUUCUCGACCGUGUCUCUGAAUCUGACGGUUUCAGAAGAAGUUGUCGUUUAUGCACCCGAAUAUCUUCAGAAAUUAAAAAAUAUCUUCACCAAAUAUAGUCCCAGGGAGAUUCAAAACUACAUCAUGUGGAAUCAAGCAAAAAGCUUUGUGGGGAGUCUGAGCAGUGCCUACAAGGACGCAAAAAAGGAUUUUUACAAGAUUCUGUAUGGUGUAAAAUCAGAGACUGCAGAGUGGAGAAGGUGUGCACGGUAUGUCAGUAGCAACAUGGAGAAGGCAGCUGGACGACUCUAUGUGGACGAAGCUUUUGUUGGGGAAAGUAAGCAAAUGGUUGAGGACCUGAUUGAGCAGAUCCGUAAGGUGUUCAUCCAGAACCUGCAGGAGAUCAGUUGGAUGGACCAGGAAACCAAAGCAAAAGCAGAAAUCAAAAUGAAGGCAAUCAGACAGAGAAUUGGAUACCCACAGGAAAUCAUGGACAAUGCCAAACUGGACGAAGAAUACAAAGAUUUGCAAUUUUCCUCUGAAGAAUAUUUCAGCAACAAACUUCAAAUUCUAGAGAAUUCCCAGAAAUAUAAGCUGAAAUGGCUCAGACAAAAAGUUGACAAAGAAGCGUGGAUUACAGGAGCUGCUGUGGUAAAUGCAUUCUACUCUUCAAACAAAAAUCAGAUUGUUUUCCCAGCUGGUAUCCUCCAACCACCAUUCUUUAGUAGGUCACAGCCGACUGCAUUGAACUUUGGAGCCAUUGGCAUGGUCAUAGGCCAUGAAUUCACCCAUGGAUUCGAUGACAGCGGUCGUAACUUUGACAAAGAUGGCAACCUGGUGGAUUGGUGGACCCAGCAAUCUGCAGAAAAUUUCAAAAACCUCUCGCAGUGCAUGGUGUACAAGUAUGGGAACUUCACGUGGGAUACAGCAGGCGGACAGCAUCUCAGUGGUAUAAACACCUUGGGAGAGAACAUUGCGGAUAAUGGAGGCAUCAGGCAAGCCUACGAGGCUUAUAAACGGUAUGGAAAGUAUUCUGAGAAAGAUGGUCUGCUACCAGGGAUCAAACUGAACCACGAACAACUCUUCUUCCUGAACUUUGCCCAGGUGUGGUGUGGAAAAUACAGACCUGAAACUGCUAUCAGCUCCAUUAAAACUGAUCAACACAGCCCAGGGAAAUUCAGAGUUAUAGGAACUCUCCAGAAUUAUGAAGAGUUCAGUGAUGUCUUUCACUGCAAGAAGAAUCAAUAUAUGAAUCCGAAGCAGAAAUGCCGUGUUUGGUAAUCAAACCAUUCUACUGUACCUUCAAGUUGUGUGGAAUGUCUUUUGGCAGGAGUUUUGAGAGAGUGAGACUUUGAACUGCAAAAUGAAUUACUUUGUACUCAGUAAUUUGAAUUGAUCAGAUCCCUCUUCUGCUGGAACCUCAUGUCAAUCAAAUUCCCCAAACCACUACUGCUCAAAUAAUCCAACAAAAUUAAACUGUAGAAUGAAAGAGAGAGAGAGCUACAACGAUAAGUACAGCAACUGUAUCACAAGCAUGGGCUAUCUUAAUAUUGUGUACCAUCCUAAAUGAAGAGAUGUUUCGGUUCAUGAGCAAGAUCACAGACUUCAAAUGAGGUUUGAAGAAGAUGAACCAUCACCAUUUGUAUUUUAAUACCUGGAGCUUGAUACUGUCCAAGAUUAUAAAUGUUUUUAAGACAAUGAUUGGAGAUGAAUGCAGAUUGAAAAAAAAGUCUACAAUAAGACUAGGAGCUAGUGUGAGAAAUUAAUUAAUACUGUGUUAAAUUUUGAAUUAUACGCAUAGAAUGAUCUUUAGAGAUGGCAGUGAAGAUGUUCUUUUGUAUUCCAAGGAAUCAGCACCAUCUCGCAAAUGGUAAAAGUUCAAGUCUUACUGGAGUUUCUGAUCAGGGAUUGAAGUUCAAAGAAUGUAACUUCAUGGUGGUUUUACCCAGUGGUUCUCUCCUCUUUUAAUACAAAUUUGCCUUGAGUCUCAUUGAUGGAUUCGGCUUGACAAGCUAACUGGCAUCUUGUUAUUCAAUGCAUUGCAUCUUUCCAGGAGCCAUCAGAUAUGAAGAGAGUCUUGCGUGCUUUAGUUGAAUGAUCUGGAAAGAAAGACCAUGCACUCAAAUAAUGCCAAAGUGACCUCAAAAGAUCUGAAAGUGCCUUACAGCCAAUUAGCAAAGUCCAAUUGUUAUUGUAAAUGAGAGAAAUGAGACAGUCAAUAUGUACACAGCAAGCUCCCUCUACUGUCAAUGCAAUAACAAGGAGAUAGUCUAUUUCAAUGGCGUUGAUCUAGGAAUAAAUAUCAUCUAAAAUUAAAACAUGUGAGACAACAAUCCAGCUUUGAAAACACAAGAGAUUUCUGCUGAUGCUGAAAAUCCUGAGUAACACAAUCAAAAUGCUGGCAGAACUCACCAGGUCAGGCAGCAUCUGUGGAGAGAAACAAAAAGGCACAUUUUGGGCUGAGACCCUUCAUCAGAUCUUUGCUGUGUAUCCCCCUGGCAUCGUAUCUAAUGCCUAAUAAAGAUUAGGUGUUAGAUAUGCUGAGUCCUGAUGAAGGGUCUCAGCCCGAAAUGUCAGUUCUUUAUUCCUCUGACCUGCUGAAUUCCUCCAGCAAUCUGUGUUACCUAACUUUGAAAAUCAUUUAUAAAAUUAUUUUAUUAAAUUUAACUUUGAAAUGUGUUUAUUAAAUUUGCCUGGAAACAUCAAAUGUUAAGGAAUCUGGUAUUGUUUCAUUCUUUGCUAUUAUUUUUUGGGGAUAAAAUAAAGUCUUGAUAUUUCACUGCAAUGGUUGCU